CAUGGAUACAAUGCUUCCCAAACAGCCACCAAUAUCAACAAAGUAUGGGGUGAAGGUACCACUAGUGAUCGGGCAGUACAAUGGUGGUUUGAGAGAUUCCAUACUGGGGAUGAAAACUUUGAAGAUCAAGAGGGUAGAGGACGUCCACCCACCCUUGAUGGUCAGCAUUUGAAAACAACUGUCAAACAAAACCCACGACAAAGUGUCAGAAAAACGUCUUAUAUGCUUGAUGUCUGUAAGCAGCAGGAAGAAAUGGAUGUUCACUUGAGCAAAAUGAGAGCUGCACUUGUUAAUCAACGUGGUCCAUUUCUGCUCCACGAUAAUGCUCGGCUGCAUGUUUCCAGGAUAACACUGCAGAAGCUUACAGACUUGGGAUGCGAGACUUUACCACUUCCUCUGUAUUCCCCUAAAGUUUCACUCACUGACUUCAAUUGUUUCAAGCAUCUUGACACGUUUUUAAGGCAAAAAACUUUCUGUUCUAAAACCGAGAUCGAAACUGAAUUCAAGGAUUUCUUAGCAUCAAAACCUUUGGAUUUUUAUCGAAGAGGC